AUGCCGAAUCCAGUCGCCCUUCGGCCUUUUUUCCCCUGUCAGAUCACUUUCUAUGAUAUUCCGUAUAUGUAUGGAUCUUUCCUUGCUCAAACUCAGUUAUACACUAGAUUUUUGCUUUCAAUGAGUAGAUUCUUUGCCAUUUCAUUUGAUGGCAUUUAUUUCAAAAAGACUCUAAAAUAUCCAUUUGUUCAAGUGGGCCUCGCUGGAUUGGUGAUUCCAUUAAUUGAUUCUUAUUUGGUUGCUGCAUAUCUUGAUCGUCCACCGAAAGGAGCUCACUGGAUUGCACCUGAGAAGUUAACCACUUUCUUCGGCUCAGCAAUGCUAGCAAUUGAUGUCCUUGUCUUUAUUAAUAUGAGAAAAAGACAACAAACUGAAAACUCGAACAAGAAUCGAGCCGAACAGAAGUUGGCGAUUCAGAUGGUUGGAAAUAGUAGUAUGUUUCUGGGUGAGAAUUUAUGUCAAUUCUUCGGAUUAUUAUCUAUUUAUUUUCAACAUUCCGAUAUUUAUAUCUUUAUUUGGUGCAUUUCUACAGUACUCAGGGCUGUUUCAUUUAUGUUUUCAGGUAUCCUCACUGUAGUUUUCAUUCGGCCCGCAUCAACGGAGAAAAUGGUUGAAAUCACUCAUGUGAGCUCAACUGAUUCAUCAAAAAGCUCUACAAGUGUUGCUUCAAAUGUCGGACAAGUGGGAAAAAGGAAA